GAAGGCCUAAGAAGCCAAGCACCAGACGUUUCUGCCCAGGAGGCACAGGAUGAAACUCGUGGGCUGUUGGCCCCGCCCCACUUUGAAGCUCCGCCCAGGCCAAGAAGCGCAGGGGCGGGGGGGAGGGUGGUUUCCAUGGUGACGACAAACAAGGCCCAUACUGGAGGGGGCCGCUGCUGGGCUGCUACUCCUGCCGCCGCCAUGAUUCCCCCCGCAGACUCUUUGCUCAAGUACGACACCCCGGUGCUGGUGAGCAGGAACACGGAGAAACGGAGCCCCAAGGCUCGGGCACUGAAAGUCAGCCCCCAGCAGCCUGGACCCUCAGGUCCAGUCCCACAACCACCCAAGACCAAGCUCCCCGCAACUUCGUGUGUCCCAGAUCCUACAAAGCAGGCAGAAGAAAUCCUGAAUGCCAUCCUACCCCCGAGGGAGUGGGUGGAAGACACGCAGCUAUGGAUCCAGCAGGUGUCCAGCACCCCCAGCACCAGGAUGGAUGUGGUGCACCUCCAGGAACAGUUAGACUUAAAGCUGCAGCAGCGGCAGGCCAGGGAAACAGGCAUCUGCCCUGUCCGCAGGGAACUCUACUCACAGUGCUUUGAUGAGUUGAUCCGGGAGGUCACCAUCAACUGUGCAGAGAGGGGACUGCUGCUGCUGCGCGUCCGGGACGAGAUCCGCAUGACCAUCGCUGCCUACCAGACCUUGUACGAGAGCAGCGUGGCGUUUGGCAUGAGGAAAGCACUGCAGGCUGAGCAGGGGAAAGCAGACAUGGAGAGGAAAAUUGCAGAAUUGGAGACAGAAAAGAGAGACCUGGAGAGGCAAGUGAACGAGCAGAAGGCAAAAUGUGAAGCCACUGAGAAGCGGGAGAGCGAGAGGCGGCAGGUGGAGGAGAAGAAGCACAAUGAGGAGAUCCAGUUCCUAAAGCGGACGAAUCAGCAGCUGAAGGCCCAACUGGAAGGCAUUAUUGCACCAAAGAAGUGAUAACUUCCACAUGGGUCUACCCCAUCAUAAGCCCUUUGUAAUAAAAAGCUAGUUUCCUGAGUGAACAAGCCA